UUCUAGUCAGACUGGAAAAUAAACAGUCCAUACAUAUCCAAGACCCAGCGCAAUGUUUAUUGUGAUCGAAGGCUCCCUGGCAGGGAUCCCUUUCGCCAGAUGCUCCCAACACAUUGGAAGGAAGAUUAGCCAUUGCGUUCGCGUAUCAGGUUAAGCCACCGUGCACUGGUUUGUAUGAAUGUGGUUCAGAAACAGAUCAGUUUCUGUGGAAUGAAAAACAGGGAUUAUGACUCAUCCCCGAGAAACAAUUGGGUUUUGGUCAAGAAUCCGAAAUUGAACAAAUUAUGGCUCAGCACAAGAUGUGAAUUCAAAAAAUGGCCCUUUCCUUUCUUCCGGUAUAAACAAACUGAAUACCAUGGCAAUCCCUUUUUUUCAUUUUAGUCAUAGAAUACUGGCCCUCCCUUAUUUUUAGCCUGUGCUUUAAAUAAUAUCUGAUCCAGCCUUCUUAAAAAUAGCUAGUUUUUUCCUACUCAAUCUGAAGGAUAGUAUAAGUGUGUACAUUUUCUUCUCCUCUAUCCCAUCCGUUCUGGGUAGACCUACUUGAUCUGUCUUAUAGAGAUCUGGACAUUGGCAGAGAUAAAUUUCAGUUUCUUUGCGGCGACCCAGUAGUCGUUCGUGGUCCGGAGUUUUACAUCUUAGACCCGGAAACUUUAUUGAUGUGAUUGGGCAUACUUCAUGAAGCAAUAGUUGAGUCUAAGAGGAAGUGUCUCUAUGUUGUGAGAGAGGCAGGAAUUCAUCAGCAAAUCACCCUCUUAAAAUACCCACCCACCCACCGACCGACAGACAGACAGACAAUGAGAGCAGAACAGUUUACUAGCUAAAAUCCCAAUGGAUCAGAAUAAUCUAUCUUGUAGGCAAGAAGUUAAGCAGGACUCUCUAGGGCCACGUUACGAGGAAGAUCCCUGCUUCCUCAGUCUUUGCUGUUUUAUGAAGGCAGCACGGAUUCAAACGAUCGCUGCUCUUCUUACUACUGUGCCAAUUCAAAUAUAAGUUUCCGGAGUUGCCCAGGCUGAAUUGCUACCACAUACUAAGAAUUGGUUCCACAUACUAUGAAAACAAAGAAGUUCGAAUAUUUUCUAAGUUCCACUUAGGUAACCCUCUCCCCAAGGACCCCCCACCACUAUCAGAUUUCAGCCUCCCGUUUGUGGUGAAGCUGACGGCGUAUGUAUGGAAAUUACGUGGAAUGUGCGAAAGAGCAGCACUCCCUCCAAAGAUGAAUGUUUCGAUUAUCAAUUCUCAAGGGUGCCUUUUCCAAAUCCUGCUUGGAGGCACCCGCGCCUUGUUUGGCAACCAAUCCUGCGGACAGACUUGGGCUUGGAAGACGGAGAGAAGUUCUUGGACUUCAGCACGAGUGCGAUCGACCCCACAGGACUGCGCAGGCGCUGGCAGUUGCCCUGAGCCUCCGCUCUUCGAAAAGCUCUUUGGAAUGAAUGGCGGUGGCGGGAGCGGUGCUGGGCGUACUGGACCCUCUUGGAGCAGAUUCCUGGACUUCUUGAUGACAAACAGGCAGAUCAUAGUUUUUCUGGAGUUCUGUGUAUUGGAUCUUCUUUUCUCUAUUUUUUUUUUGGUCUUGAUGUAAACAGCUUAUACCCGCUUUUAAAGACUGGGGUGAAAGGGGGUGGGGAUAUAAUUACCACUCCAGUGGAUGAUAAUAAAAUUUCAUUCAUUUUCACCGGGCUGCUUUAUGGUCCCUUUCCGAACUUGCUACUUUUCAUGGUCAUUAACAAGACCUGUUCAAUUAGAAGCAGGUCCCAACGGAAUAUAACAGACUUCCUGAAAAGCAUGUUUAGAUCUACAGUUCUUUUACACAGUUGGAAGUUUUUCGAGCAAGGAUCGGAAGUAAGAAUCAGAGACGACUGCACAAUUACUGCUCAAGUUUCUUACAAAGCCAGACCCAUCAUGCUCAGUGCGGCUUGUUCCAAAGCAUAUACAUAUAGACUGCUGACAUACUUAACAAUUCCUACUUGUGCCUUUUUUCACUAGAGAUGUAUCUCAUCAUCCAGCCAUAGUUGUCGCGACAUAAAGCCUGUAAUGAAAUGAAGCCUGUCUUCACUGCUAACGUAUCGGCCAAGCACUGGUUGGUUGACACGAUAGAUAAAUCUCUGUAAUGGGGACCGGUACUACCCUACUCCUGUGAUAAAUUGCCAUGGAAUGCGCGCGCACCCCCCACUUCUUGAGGUACAGUUAUUUCCUGUAGAUUGCGUCUUGUGAAUUCCAGCCACCGCUGAAUGCAGUAAAGAACCACUAGUCGCGAGCGGAAGAACCGAAUAAGCGAGUAUCAGUCAAGAUGGGCGUCGCAAACCCGACAUCCACCAGCUGACCUACUAAGUCAAAAAUACCACUCUCGCAGCCGAUACGCCAAAGGACCAGCGUCCCAGCGAUCCAAAUUGUACUGAGGGAAGCCGGCCUGCGAAGUGCUCCCCGCGAUUUCCAAGUCACAUAGAAACGUGUUUGAAAAUUUCAGAGACUACGGUCUCUGACUACAGAGCAUUGCCUUUCAGAAAUCAAACGAAGGGAAGCCGUUUGUUAUUCCGGAAAGUAGCUGCUGAAAAACGAAUGUUUCUCAUUACAACAGAAAGGCUCGGGGCAACGGGGCGGGGGCGGAAAGGCAGAGCAUCCCACGAUGGGACAAAAAUAGCGAAUAGGGAAGACGAGCCAAAUGAAGAGCUGUGGGUGCAGAGCCGAUUAACAAAACACGGGAGGAGGGAGACGCUCGAGGAGAACGACGAAAACGGACGCGGCUCACUCGAAAAGGGACAGGCGACGGCAGCGCUGGACUCGGUGUCCCCGGCAGCGUCUCUGGAGCGGAGACUAAGAUUGUAAACACUUGUGAAGAAAGAGUCUCUUCUAAGUGACGACGUCAUGCUUUCUGCAACUCCCCUGUAUGGCAAUGUUCAUAGCUGGAUGAGCAGUGAGAGGGUCCGCAUGUGUGGAAUUAAUGAAGAAAGGAAAAUCCCUGUAAAUGAUGGAGAUGUCUUGAAAAGCAGGCUGGAAUUAAGAGAAGAAAAUCACCUGAACCACAGUGUGGUGGAUACAACGGCUGUGCAUCACAUUGACAGCCUUGCAGCUCUGACUAUGGAUCGUUCUGGACUUAUGCGGGAAGGACUUAGAGUCCCCAGUAGUAUUGUCUAUUCCAAUUUAUGUGGACUUGGCUCAGACAAGACCCGGGAUGCUACAAGUGCUAUUGCUGGCCUUGGAUUUGGUCCUGAAAGGAACUCAGAGAUACAGUUCAAGUCUAAUCCCACUGAAGCAAUUGAAAAUGGAGCUGGAAAGAACCCAAAUGGCUUCAGUGCUCUUUACAAAACACCACCUGGAAUACAAAAGAGUUCUGUUCCAACUGGGGAGACCUUAGGCUUGGACAGAAGCUCAAGUGAUAAACAAAGUCCUCUCAGCGUCAAUGGUGCUAGUUACCUAAGGCUACCCUGGGUAAAUCCUUAUAUGGAGGGUGCUAUUUAUCCUUUUCUUGACUCACCAAAUAAGUAUUCAUUGAAUAUGUAUAAGGCUUUGCUACCUCAGCAGUCCAAUUUUAGCUUGCCACAGCAUGUGACUUAUUCGCCUGUAUGUACAAAUGGUGAACGUUUUUUAUACUUGCCACCUUCUCACUAUGUUGCUCCCCACAUUCCAUCAUCAUUAGCUUCACCGAUGAGGAUUUCGGCUACAUCAGCAUCCCCUGCAAUUCCCCCUUUGGGACACUGUCCAGAUAAAGGCUUAUCUUGGAAGAUGGGAGUGAGUCCAGCAAAUCCCAUAGAUUCUCAUACCUAUCCACAUAUUCAGAAUAGUAAACCACCCAGAGUUCCCUCUGGUAAACCAGCUGCUAAUAAUAUGCCAACUGAUCCUUCUAUUUUGCUGUCACAUUCUCCAAGGCCAUCACCUAGAAUGCAUCUCCCAACACAGGUUGGAGAUACUUACUCAGAGUUCCAUAAACACUUUUCCAGAAUUUCAACUUCUCCUUCUUCAAUUGCCCUCCCCAAGCCAUACAUGAAUGUAAGCAGUGAAUUUUCUUCCAGAGUCUCAAAUGGGAAAGCUCCCAAAACACAUGAUCCAAAUGAAAUUUCUCAGCAACCUGCAGUGCAUGCAAGGAAAACAGGCCAUGACCGGAAAGAUAGCAGGUCCCCUCCGUUAUUAGAAAAGCAGCAAACUAUUACCAAAGAUAUCAUUGACAAACCCCUGGAUUUGUCAUCAAAAGUUGUUGAUGCAGAAAUAACCAAGUCUGAUAAUGUUAAGAAAAUGGUACCAACUGUGUUAGUUCAUAGCAGGCCUGGAGGAGGAUUGGUUUUACCUGGAGGUGAUCUUCCAAAAGAAACUAUUUCUCCUGGAAAUAUCUACAGACCUGAGAUAAUUAGCACUGCACCUUCCUCCUGGGUGGUUCCUGGUCCAGCUUCUAAUGAAGAGAAUGGUGGCAAAAACAUUCUGUUGAAAAACAAAAACCCUGGCUGGGUAACACCUCAACAACGAAGUUCUUCUUGCCCUAGGAUGGGAGGCAUGGAAACAGUAAUUAAUAAUACUUCAGGAUCUUUGUCAACUGAAGGUCGCCCAGCAUCUGCUUCUCCAGCUCCAAAUGCUAAUGUAGAUUGUCCCAAAACUAACAUUUCUGUAGAAACCACUGCAUCUGUCAUACAGCAUAUAGGACAACCUUCAGUAUCAUUAUCAUUAUCAUCGUCAUUGUCACUGUCAUCAUCACCACCAUCAAAGCAUAGUAAUAAGGCAGCUAAAUGCAAUAACCAAGAACCUAUGUUCAAAGCAAAUGAAAACACUCUUGCUCCAGGUUCCAUAUUUUUUUCUUCAAAUGACGCAUUCCGAUCUCCACCACUGCCCUAUCCAAGAAGCUAUCUCCCAUAUCCAAUUCCAGAUGGUUUAGCAUUAGGUCCUUUGUCUCUACAUGGAAAAGGACCUGUGUAUCCUCAUCCGGUUUUGUUACCUAGUGGCAGUCUUUUCUCUGGGCAUUUGGCUCCUAAACCUACUAUUCCAUACAGUUUACCAACUAGCAGUGGUGACUUUGUGACAUAUCAAGAUGCACUGGGUAUGGGAAUGGUGCAUCCAAUGUUGUUAUCCCAUGCAGCUCUUGAGCUAAAAGAUGAUAAAUCAGAAAGGAGAUCUAGAUCACAUGAGAGGCUCCAUUAUGAAGACCCUGCUCUAAGAAACAGAUUGCCAGAGAUGCUAGAAACCAGCACAAAGUUACACUUUGAAAUACCCACAGAGAGAAAUGUGAAAUCACACCAAAGUUCAAGUCAUAAUAAAAAUAGUACCAAAAGUGAUAAACUUAUGUUUGCAGAAUUGAGAGAUGAGCAAGAUGCAAAAGGUAAAACUGGUCUGACAAAUCCGAAUUUUCCUAUUGAAAAUAGUAAUCAAACAAAUGACCCUACAAAGCACAAGGUGGAAGAAGCCUUUCAGCAUAGAGAUUUUAUUGUAAUGAGAGAAGAAUGUGGGAGAAAUAAUUUCCAUGAAGUGUACAACUUUAAGCAAGUUCAGAAUCCACACCCAUCAAUCUUCAACUUAAGGAAAGAUGAUUUCUCAGCAAGCUAUAAUAGAGAGAGAUUGACUAUUCCCCCUUCUGUGUUCCUGGAGACUGCUCAUGGGAAUGAUGACUUGGCUAUGUCUUUUUGUAAAAUGCCAGAUGAUGCCAAACAGCUUUGUAUGGGAAAUGCACAGUCAAGUGUUGAAAUCAAUCAGACAUAUGCCAAAGAUGGGAUUGAGGGUAUGGAAUCUAAUGAUGGCAAACUCUUGAAACCUAAGCCAUCUAAGCUGGCAAAGAGAAUAGCAAACUCUGCUGGUUAUGUAGGUGACCGAUUCAAGUGUGUUACAACUGAACUGUAUGCAGAUUCUAGUCAACUGAGUCGAGAACAACGGGCCUUGCAGAUGGAAGGAUUACAAGAGGACAGUAUUUUAUGUCUACCUGCUGCUUACUGUGAGCGUGCAAUGAUGCGCUUCUCAGAGUUGGAGAUGAAAGAGAGAGAAGGCCAUGUAGCAACCAAAGACUCAGAGAUCUGCCGAUUCAACCAAGCAGAGUGGGAAAACUUGAAAGGAAAUAAUGAGAAAAAGCCUAACUCUGUCCCUUCGGAAGAUGUCAUUGCUGGGCCAAAUGACAAAAGCAGAUGCUAUUUUCAUGACACAGACAAUAUCCAUGAUCAGAGUUCUGAAAUUCCUGAGGACAAAAGUUCUCCUGCAGAUAUUUGUUUGGAGAGAUUUACUGUGUACGAAAAGACAAAUGACCAAUAUUUAGAAGAUAGAAGCCAGCUUCCGUGCCCACAUCUGGACCGAAAACGUAAACAUUCUGAUGAGAACAUGCAGAAUGAUGGAACCCCUAAAGAAAACUUUGUAGAAGAACUGGAAGAAGAAUUUGCAUCAAAAGCAAAAAAGAAGAAGACCUCUAAAGAUGACUGGCCUGAGAGGGAAAUGACAAACAAUUCCUCUAACCACUUAGAAGAGCCCAAUUGUAAUGAGGUGACCAACCUGAAGGUGUGCAUUGAAUUAACAGGGCUUCAUCCAAAAAAGCAGCGUCACCUGCAGCAUCUUAGGGAACUAUGGGAGCAGCAGGUAUCACCAGAGAGAUCCCCACCCGGCAAGUUGGGCCGGCAAAGCAGGAAAGAUUUAGCUGAGGCUGUUCAGCCAGAGGCCACUGCAAAGGUCAAAGACUGCACAGAAGAAAGGCACACCAAGAAAAGGUCAGAGGUCAAAAGCAAUAGAAGUUGGUCUGAAGAGUCCCUCAAAACAAGUGACAAUGAACCAGGUAUCCCUCUGUUCCCAGUGUCCUCACAUAUGAAGAAUAUCUCCACCAAUAUAAACAGCAAAAGGCAAACUCAGCCAAGCUAUACUUUGACUUCAAGGUUGGCUGCCAAGCAGCAGAAAAUUAAAGAAAACUGGAAGACAGAUGGGCUGUGCUUGGAUGAAGAAGAGGAUUUUCAGGCUGCAUCCCUGUUGCAGAAACACAGCGAGUGUGAGAAGCCGCCAGGGAAACGUCAGUGUAAAACAAAACAUUUGGCACUGCAGGAGAGGAGAACAAGGUCAUCCUUGACUGGAGAUGACAUAACAGAUAUUGAAAGCAUUGAGGAGAAGCCCUCACAGCUGCAGAUUGCAAGUACACCUCAGGAGAUUGCCCCAAGUCGUCCCAUGCCCCCAGAAGCUCGAAGACUUAUUGUCAAUAAGAAUGCUGGAGAAACACUUCUGCAAAGGGCAGCACGACUGGGAUAUGAGGAAGUGGUUCUAUAUUGUUUGGAAAACAAAGUCUGUGAUGCAAAUCAUCGUGACAAUGCUGGUUAUUGUGCCCUACAUGAGGCCUGUGCCAGAGGUUGGCUGAGCAUUGUGCGACAUCUCCUAGAAUAUGGAGCAGACGUCAACUGCAGUGCUCAGGAUGGAACUAGGCCUAUCCAUGAUGCAGUGGAAAAUGAUCACCUAGAAAUUGUCCGAUUGCUCCUUUCUUAUGGCGCUGACCCUACGCUUGCUACAUACUCAGGUAGAACAAUUGUGAAAAUGACACACAGUGAACUAAUGGAGACUUUUCUAACAGAAUAUUUAACUGAUCUCCAAGGUCGUGAUCUUGAUGACCCUGGCUUGUCCUGGGACUUCUAUGGCAGCUCUCUGUGUGAGCCAAAAGGCGAAUCAGGAUUUGACAUUCUGUCUAAUCCACCUGGCCCAAAUGAUGAAAAUGAAGAUGGAUUUAGUGAUAUCUUUGAGUUUGAAUUCUCAGAUGUGUCUCUCUUGCCAUGUUAUAACAUCCAAGUGUCUCUUUCUCAAGGACCACGGAACUGGUUUUUGCUCUCUGAUGUAGCCAAGAGGCUGAAAAUGUCACCCAGGAUAUUUCGCUGCAGUUUCCCAAGUUUGGAAGUUGUCAGUGUUAUAGAAGCAGAAUUUUUCAAACAGGUAUCUUUGAGUCAGCUGUUUGCUUGCCAAAAGGAUCUUGAAGCUUUCAACCCAGAAGGCAAGGAACUGUUGGACUUGGUAGAAUUUUCUAAUGAAUUACAAUCUUUGCUUGGAGCCUCACUUGAAUGGUUGCAUCCAGAUGAAGAAAUUGAUAUUAAUUGGUGAAUCUCCCAGCUUCUUAAUGUACAGUUCUGUGUAAUAUAUUUCUUUAUGUAUAUGUGUUACUGCAGUUAUUUCUAUCAAGAAAAGGAUACUGUUAAAUAAAAGAGCUUUCCUCUAAUACAUAUAUGCCACACACAAACAUAUCAGAUGGGUGGACUUUUGGAAGAUUUUUUUUUUAAAGAGACCACUCUGUUUCUAGAAAUUAUAAAAUUGGUAAAAUGUGUGUGCACGUUCCAAGUGCAGACGAACUUUGGUAUAGAUUUGUUUUUACAUGGAACUAAAUGGCUUUGCUUCAAACAAAGCAUUGGUUACAUAAAAAUGCCUAUUAUAGGUGAUAUGAUCAAUAUUGUUAGUUUGGGAAAGUUUAUUGGGGGAGGCACUUCAUUAUAUUUUUGUUUUUGUUUACAAAAAUUCCUGCUUUGAUCAGGUACACACUAUUGAAUACAAUUCAGUAGACUGUAAUAUAAAUUAAAACUACAUAUCUACUAAUUGUGUGAACUUUUAUAUCUUAAUUUAAAGAUGUGAAAUUUAGUUUUCACAUGGCAAACUGGAUUGUUUAUAAUAUAUAUGUAUAGAUACACACACACACACACACACAUUUUAUAUGUGUGUGUUUAAACAUUUGAUGCUCUUUAUUUAAAAGAAAACUUUGAACUAUUUUUCUGUAAAAUACUGAAAACUAACCUAUGUUGAAGUUGUUUAAAACUGUACAGAAGCUAAAUCUUUUUUCUGAAUUGUGUGUUUAUGUUUGAGAUUUGUGUUUGAACUUUGUACGUAAAUUCUUCUGCCUUUGUAUUUAUAUUUUACAAAAAAAGAUGCCAAAGGCAAUAAAACUGUUGAAAAAGCA